ACAAAAACAAAAAUCUUCAGAGAGUUGAAGUCAUAUGGAGCUGUCGGUAGUCAUUGCUGUGCUUUGUUUUAGCUUCUUGGCAUUGCAAACUCCUUGUACUUCCCUGCAAAUCCAGCUGCAAUCAUCAACUGAACAAGGAGCAGCAAAAGGAGUUCAGCUUUCUCUCCCCACACUGCCAAGGAAGCUCAGAUUCACUGAGGAAUUAGUAGCAUUUAAAGGAAAUGGAGCUCAACAUUCAAUUUCAAACACCAAGCAGAAGGAAGAUAUUUCAGGGAAAGCAUACCAGAAAGAGGAAGCUAGAGUUCAUGGAAGUCGAGGCACAAGGCAAGAAUGGGUGGAGGGCCCCGACGUUUCACAAUAUUUUACGAUGGAUUAUUCGAACGUAAGAAGACGACGACCCAUACAUAACAAGUCACUGCCGGUUGGUCCUUGAAACAUGGGGGAUGAUACCCUUAGUUUCUGCCUGCUUGCUGCUGCUGCUUUCAGUCUCCCAAGAGUACAGAACAAACUUUUAGGAUCACAAUUUUGUUACAAGAAACACAAAGUACUAGUCAUGCUUUUGUAAUUACCCAAAUGAGGAACAUGUCUUGUUUUCUUCCCGUUCAUGGCCGACAUUUCUUGACCCAAGAUUUUGUUACAUUAAACUAGGAUAAUUACGGAGUCCUGAUGAGUUUCUUUUCUGCCAAACUUUUUCUUGGUAGUCAAACGGGGGCUACAAACCCCGAUAUACGGCAACAUGCUUGCGCAAAUCACUGGUACUACCUGCUCGUUUACAGUAAAAACAAUGCUUGGGAUUUGGUUGACGUAGGAGUUAGGCUGGCUGUUUACCGAGGGAAGAACCUUUUGAAUGGCAGGAAAACAGGAAAUUGAUCACUGGUAUUUUGAUUCAUUUGAUAUCAUCUUUCCAUGUUUUGACUGUUCACCCUCUGUCUUUGCUUACAACUUCCAUGUCUGGCCGGGAUAUCAUUCAUGAUAAAGGCUAUGCUUAGUGCUGUCCAUAUGGCCUGG